GAGGCUACAGCAAUUAAACCGCAAAUCCCGAUGGGCCCCGCGGUGGGUUGGGCGAGGCCCGGGCGCUUCUUCGGCGUCUACCUGCUCUAUUGCCUGAACCCUCGGAACCGGGGCCGCGUCUACGUGGGGUUCACCGUCAACCCUACUCGUCGGGUGCAGCAGCACAAUGGGGGCCGCAAAAAAGGUGGCGCUUGGCGGACCAGCGGGCGGGGUCCCUGGGAGAUGGUGCUCAUCGUGCACGGCUUCCCUUCCGCGGUGGCCGCCCUUCGGUUCGAGUGGGCCUGGCAGCAUCCGCACGCCUCGCGCCGCUUGGCGCACGUGGCUCCGCGUUUGCGCCGCGAGGCAGCCUUCGCUUUCCACCUGCGAGUGCUGGCGCACAUGCUGCGCGUGCCGCCUUGGGCGCGCCUCCCGCUCACUCUGCGCUGGCUGCACGCGGACUUUCGCUGUGAACUAUGCCCGCCACCGCCGCCGCACGUCCCACUGGCCUUCGGGCCUCCGGCUCCCGGAUCGUCAGCCUCCAGGUGCCACGCCAGUACCUUUGCCGACACCGAGCCCGACGCCGAGGCCUGCUGCUCCCUGUGCGCGAGCGCGCUCCAGGGUUGGUUGAAUCCAUGGAUACAAAACCUGAGGAUAUGGAGGGCUGACUAUAUUGGGAAAAAAUUCACAUGUAAGUGGACCCACGCAUUACAAAACUCUUCAAGGGUCAACUAUAUUUUAUUUAUCUUAUUAUUAGUCUCUCCCACCCCCCACAUGAAACUCCACAAGGGCAGUUCUUGUUCACUCCUGUAGAAUAGGGUCUGGUACAGAGCAGGUGGCCAGUUUAAUACAUUAACUGAAAUGAAGGGUCUGACUUCUGAACUCUCAGAAAUGUAAGUAAAUUACGCUUGCUUAAUGACGGCAUACGUCCUGAGAAAUGCAUCCUUAGGCUAUUAUAUGGUGUGAACAUUGCAGAGUGUACUUACACAAACCUAGAUGGUGUAGCCAUCUAUACACCUAGACUAUAUGAUAUACCUUCAUCAAAAAUGUGGUUUGUUGUUGACUAAAUGUUGUUAUGUGGCGCAUGAGUGUGCUUGCCAUUCAGAGAUUAAGCAACCUGCCUGAGGUCACUUAGCUUAUGAGGAACUCUAGGUCUAGCUGCAGUGGCCAUGCUGUUAUAUAAUCACUGCUAAUACUCAGAGAAAAUACUUGCCUGUGGGCAAGUAUUUUAUACCCUCUGUGCCUCAGUUUCCUCAUCUAUAAUAUGCAAAUAAGAGUAGACAUGUUUCAUAGGAUUGUUUUACGUAAAGCCCUUGGAAUGAUGUCUAGCCCAUAGGCAUUCUUUAUGAGUGUUAGCUAUGUCAUUACCCCCCACUUUCCCUGUUACAUACCUGCCACC